AUGAAGUUGACAUUACUCAUAGUACAAUACUUUCACGUUCAAUUCGUACUUACGCAAUUCGUACUAGCCGAAAGAAAAAUUCUACACAUCGGUGGAUUAUUCAUUUCUGAAGUAGAAAACACACCAUUCCAAGGUUACAAUGGGACAAUACGUGCAGCUUACACAGCACUGAGGCACAUUAAUACGCACCCUGACAGUGAACGUAUACUACAGGGUUACGAACUGCAAAUGACUUGGCAGCCAUCACAGUGUAAUCCUGCACAAGGCAUCAAGGCAUUGUAUGACACACUCUACAAUGGUCCACCAAAGGUUAUGCUAUAUGGUCCAUUCUGUUCAACGGCAGCACAAAGAAUCACAGACGCCGCUGAGAAGUUCAAUCUGGUCACGUUUUCCUAUGGUGGAAGUUCACCUGCAUUGUCAGAUCAUGAACGAUACCCUCUAUUUUACCGUACAGCAAUGACAGCAGUGGACACUCAUAAUCCUACCAGGGUUGCCUUACUUAAACGCUAUCGAUGGAGUAAAGUGGCGCUUAUCACACAGAAUGAUGAUCUUUUUACAUAUACAGUGAAGAAGUUGUUGAACGACUUACAUGAAAACGAAAUCGAUGUUUUGACUUCGGAAGUUUUCAACCAGGACCCAACCACACCCAUAACAAACAUUAAGAAUAAAGAUGCAAGGAUCAUCAUAGGAAGUUUUUACCCAGACAUUGGUGUAAAUGUAUUCUGUGAAGCUUACAGACAGGGAGUGUAUGGACCUAAGUAUGUAUGGAUGAUCGAAGGCUGGUUUAACAACGGAUGGUGGAAUAUAUCAGACAGUGAUUGCGGAUGUACCACAGAUCAGCUAGCCCAAGUAGCACAGGGAUACUUUGGCACAAGUUGGCUGAGUAGAAAUCCAAACUUGAGUACUAUCAACUUCGGUGUGCCUACAACAGCCGAGAUGGCAUCAUAUUUUGCAUCUAACGAUGAUGGUCCGUUUUCUCCUAUAUUAUAUGACGGUAUAUGGGCUUUGGCGUUGACAUUAAAUUCGAGUAUAAGUAGACUAUCCAUUACUGGCAGGAAAUUGGAGGACUAUCACUAUGGUAACAAAGAUUAUGCCGACAUCAUUUCGGAGGCUGUGCAGGAUGUAGAGUUCACCGGAUACACUGGACACCUUAGUAUAACAAGUACAGGCAGAAAAGGAGUUGUAAGAAUUAGUCAAGCACAAGGUGAUAAUCUCGUUACUGUGGGAACGUAUUCAGAUGGAGAAUUGCAACUGAUGGAACAGAAUAUAUCGUGGCAAGGAGGCGACGUACCGAGAGACGCAACUCAGGUGAUCACUGUAGACGAGAACAUAAAAGACACCGUCCUCAUCAUUUUCUAUGUUUUAGUUAUCAUCGGGAUAACACUAUCCGUGGGAUUUCUCAUUUUCAAUAUUUACUAUAGAAGAGAAAGAAUUAUACGACUGUCAUCACCGAAGCUGAAUAAUUUGAUAGCCCUAGGUUGUAUAUUUGUCUACACUACAGUUAUCUUACUGGGAGUCAAUGAUAAUAUGUGGAACACGAUGACCUUUUCACUUGUAUGUAAGCUUCGAGUAUGGACAAUGACGCUGGGAUUUACAUUGGCAUUUGGGGCUAUGUUUGUGAAGACAUGGAGAGUACACAAGAUUUUUACGGCUACGAAAGGACGCUCAAAGAGCCUGAAAGUAAGAUACGCUGUGAUUGAAGACGAAGAGAUGUUCGUAGAAUAUAAACGGUAUACAUGCGAGAGUCGGUUCUCAAAGGAAUUGACAUUCGCUCUACAAUGCUUCAAAGGUCUUUUUCUGCUUAGUGGUGUGUAUUUGGCGUGGGGUACACGUAAUGUAACCAUUGGCGCCCUAAACGACAGUAAAUACAUAGGGUUGUCCGUAUAUAACGUUUUGAUAUUGAGCAUUAUUGCAUUGACAGUGGAUCACUUCGUACAUAAUGUGACGCUUAGAUAUAUUUCCAUAGCAACAGUGUUACUCAUAGCAACGACCAAUACAUUAUGUCUCGUGUUUGUACCAAAGAUAUAUGCGCAAUGUCAGGAAACAGACCAUGGUAGCACCAGUGUUAGAACCAGACGACACAAUUUAUCUACAAUGGAAAGUACUAGUGCUAUUAUUAGACGUGGGAGUGAUACAUUGAUAAAUAACCAAGUGUUGAACGCAAAACAAGACGAACUGAGAAUACUUCACCAAACAUUAUCCAAUCUAAAGACAGAAAAUACAUUUAUAUCUGAAAGUGAUUGCAAAUUUGGAUGCUGGAUCAACCCUGUCAGUAAAAAAUGCCGCCGACGUUGUUUUGACACAGUGGAGAACAUGGAUUUACAAAUGCAGACCUCAAAUAGUACAAUAGCCAUGCAGUCAAUUUGA